AUGGCCCGGAAAUUGAGCAUUGAGCAACUUGAGGACCAGUUGAUAUGCCCCAUUUGCUUAGAGUUCUUCAAAGAGCCCUUGAUGCUACAAUGUGGACACUCUUACUGCAAGUCCUGUGUAAUAUCUCUCUCAGAUGAUCUGGAGAAGCAGUUCCUUUGCCCAGUAUGCCGAAAGGCUGUGGACUAUAGCAGAUCACCACCCAAUGUCAACUUGGCUCAUAUCAUUGAGUUAAUUCAUACCAUAGGCAACUCAGAGGAUAACGAAAAGUCUUGCCCUGACCACCACAAUCCUCUCAGCCUUUUCUGUGAGCAAGACCAGGAAGUGAUUUGUGGCCUCUGUGGCACCAUUGGCACCCAUCAGCAGCAUAAAGUCAUGCCCAUCUCCACUGUCUACAGCAGGAUGAAGGAGGAACUCUCCAUGUUGAUAACAGAUGUACAACAGCAGAAGAAAAGCCUUGAUGAACAUGUCAGCAAAUUGAUGAAUAACAAAACUCGCAUUACGAAUGAAUCUGAUAUCUUCAAGGAGGUAGUCCGAAAGCAGUUCCAGGAUCUGCAUAGGUAUAUUGAUGAAGAGAAGGCCAAAUUCCUGGGGCAGAUAGAAAGGAAAACAACCGGUAUCAUUGCCUCUAUUGAGGUUCAGGUGAGGCAGAGAGCAGACACUCUUCAGAAGCUAAAGGAGCUGGAGAACUCCCUGGAGAAAUUCAACAAUGAAGACCAGCUGGAUUUCAUACAGAAAUAUAGAUCUCUUCCCACCAGGUCUGAACUUCCCUAUCAGCACCCAGUUGAAGGCUUAUACAGUGCGGUUUCUUUUAAGCCUGACUUCCACCAAGAGGAUGUAAAGAUGAUGGUGUGGAAGCGUCUGCUCCGUAAAAUCCUUCCAGCUCCAGAAACACUGAAGCUGGACCCAAUGAGUGCUCACCCUAUGCUUGAGUUGUCCAAGGAGAAUACCAUGGUGAAAUAUGGCCAGUUCUUCCAACGGCGAGACAGCAAUCCUGACCGCUUUGACUACAGCAAUUGUAUCCUGGCUAAUAAGGGCUUCUCCUGGGGAAAGCAUUACUGGGAGAUUAUUGUGGGCUCCAAGAGUCACUGGCGCCUGGGCAUCAUCAAGGGCACAGUCAACCGCAAAGGCAAACUGAGUAAGAGUCCAGAAAAUGGGGUGUGGCUAAUUGGCUUAAAAGAGGGCAAAGUAUAUGAGGCCUUCAAUACCAGCAGACUGGUUUUGCCGAUUUCAGUCCGACCCCAACGAAUUGGGGUCUAUCUGCACUAUGAGAAGGGAGAACUAACCUUCUACAAUGCUGACAGCCCAGAUGAGCUGAUACCAAUCUAUACUUUCCAAGCAGAUUUCCAAGGCAAGCUAUAUCCCAUUUUGGACAUGUGUUGGCAUGAGCGGGGUAUUCAUAACAACUUACCCAUUAUAAUACCUACUUCCAAAAUGCUGCAGACUGAGGAUGAGUGCACCAACACUGAUGAGCCCACCAAGUUAUAA